CUUUAAUUUCGGUUUGCCUAUACACAUUUCUCUGCAAGCUCAUCUUCAUUCUACUUUCUCUCUCCCCUGCGUUUGGCCUUUCAUGUCAUCUUUACAAUUUCAGACAAGAAAAAGUUUUGGACUUCAAUUAAUUCAAUAUCUAGUAGAAGAAAUUAAAAGACAUGGAUGGAGAGAAAGAGAUGUCUCAACAAGAAACACCUUCUUCCUCUGUCCCCAUGAAAGGAGACAUCCAAGACAAUGACACCCCAAAAAAGGAACAAACAGAACCUGAGGAAGCAAAUCUACAGAAAGAUGAUUCUCCACCAGAGAAUCUACCACCCACCGACACCGUGCCUGAAGCCAAGCGCAAUGGAGAUGAUAGCGAGACGACGGCUACGGAUGAUCUCCAGGAGAAUCAAGCGGAGAAGAUAUCAGCCGUUGAUCAUCAUCAAACCGGAGAAGGCGAUAAUGGCGAGCAGCAGGGCGGCACAACAUUGACCGGCAAUGAGGAAGGCGGGGGAGAUGUAGAGUCUUCUCAACAGCCAGAGCUCCCUCCGGAUCUAUCUAAGGUAUCGGAAGAGAUUGAUCAGUACAUCUCCGAUAACGAUAAUAUGGGACUUGGCUCCAAGGUAGGAGACGAUGAUGGAUCGCCACGGCCAAAGUCUCUUCCUGAUGUUCCGAUAUAUGUGGACCAAUUUGCAUCGCUGGUGGAGGCCAAAUUUGAAGGAACAUGCCGCGGUGGUGAAGCAGCGGUGAAAUUGAGCCAGCUAGAGGAAGAAGAGGCGGCAACAUUGUUUGAAUCUGUGAAACGGACCUCCAGGUUAUACAAAUCACUAUUACGAUUACACUCCUCUUCUGAAGAAAAAUAUGCCGAAUCGAUCAUCAGCCGUGUCGGAGGCGUCCUGCAUCGUGCCGUUUCAUAUAUUGAAGAAGAAUUCAGAUCCUCUCUUGAAAAUCAUAAGGUUCCCGAUCCGUCAGCUGGAGACGGCAACCAAGAUGCAGAGAAGAAGGAGGAGAAUGAGGAGAAGGAAGGCGGCGGCGGCGUUGAGGAGGAUUCCGGGAAUAGUGGUAGUAAACCACAGCCGGAGGUGGUAGAAGAGAAUAACAAUUUCCCCGGAUACGACGAGAAAACGGUGUCGUGUUUGAACAGGUUAGCCACGACCAUGAUUUUCUGCGGCUACGAAACGGAAUGCUGGAAGGUGUAUUUCAUAUCAAGAAGAAACGCAUUGGAGGAGAGCCUUCUAAAGCUAGGGUUUGACAAACACAGCAUAGACGAUGUCCAGAAGAUGAAUUGGGAGACUGUGGAGAGAGAGAUCGAUGCCUGGAUCGCCACAUUCAGACACUUCACCAAGGUGAUGUUCUCCUGCGAAAGGAAGCUCGCGGAUGCAGUUUUCCAUGAUUGCCACGGAUCAUCGUCAUCCAUGUCCGCGGAGAGCAUCUUCACUUGCCUAUCCCGCAGCUUCGUGAUCCAGUUCUUCGUUUUCCCUGAAGCUGUGGCAAUGACAAAACGAUCAGCAGAAAAGCUGUUCAAGUUCCUUGAUUUGUAUGAGGCAAUGCGGGAUCUUCUUCCUGUCAUGUACACAAAUUUUCCAACAGAUUAUGUGAAUGAGUUAAAAGCCGAAGCAACACUAACUAGCGGCAGACUAGGGGAGGCCAUGGUUGGUAUUUUCACCGAGCUGGAAAACUCCAUCAAGUCUGACUCAGGAAAAACGCCUGUUCCAGGAGGCGCGGUUCAUCCCUUGACACGCUACACCAUGAAUUAUCUAAAAUUAGCAGGUGACUACAAGGAGACGCUUGAACAGGUGUUCAGACAACACCAAAAGAUAGACAGAGCAGAUUCCGCUUCGGGAUUAUCAGGCUUCGACUACAACCACCAUUCCCAGCAACAGCAGACUUCUGGUUCUCAGAAGCCUCCUGCUGGGGCACAAGCUAGACAAUUAUCACCUCUGGAAAUGCAGAUAGCAAAAGUGAUGGAUCUACUGGAUACUAACUUGGAUAGCAAAUCCAAGCUCUAUAAAGACAUCUCAUUAAGCUCUAUUUUCAUGAUGAACAAUGGGAGAUACAUAUUGCAGAAAGUAAGAGGGUCGCCGCAGAUCAACGCGUUGAUGGGGGACCAGUGGUGCAGGAAACGGUCCUCAGAUCUAAGACAGUAUCACAAGAACUACCAGCGAGAGACGUGGGGAAGGUUGUUACAGUGUUUGACCAUUGAGGGGUUGAGCGUGCACGGGAAGGUGAAUAAACCAGUCUUGAAAGAGAGGUUCAAGAGCUUUAAUGCGUUGUUCGACGAGAUACAUAAGACUCAAAGCAGUUGGGUAAUUAGUGAUGAACAGCUUCAGUCAGAGCUCCGGGUGUCCAUAUCCAAUAUGGUCAUCCCUGCCUACAGAUCCUUCCUUGCAAGGUUCAGCCAAACCUUCACCCCAGGGAGACAGACUGAGAAGUACGUCAAGUACCAGGCUGAAGAUAUCGAAACAUACAUUGAUGAGUUGUUUGACGGGAAUGCCUCUAAAAAGUAAACAUAUUCAUAAUGAUCAAUCAAGAACAAGAUGAAUACUACUAGGCUACUAGCUAACCAAUAUAUCCAUUAUUUACAUAUGGAUGGUGUUGGAGUCACUCUUCAUGCUAUUUAUUAACCCCCACUGUUUUUUUUCUUUCUUGUAUUCAUUCAUUAUUUAUUACUCCGUAGUUAAUAAUAUGGAUUUUUUAGUUGAUCAAACCUCUGGCGUUAUAUAUUAAUCACAUUCG